GUCUCAGUGAUUUGACUACUCGACUUCUCCCGUGUGAUCAAGACCUCCGUUUCUCGUGUGGUAGCAUAUCUAACUCAAGGCUAUUUCUUCUACAAUGGGGUGCUGUACUGGACGCUGCACUCUGAUCUUCAUCUGCACAUUACAAUUGGUGCUGGCGCUGGAGAGGCAGGUGUUUGACUUCCUGGGCUACCAGUGGGCUCCCAUCCUGGCCAACUUCUUCCACAUCAUCGUGGUCAUCCUGGGGCUCUUCGGAACCAUCCAGUACAGGCCGCGCUACAUUGUGGUGUACACCAUUUGGACGGCCGUGUGGGUGGCGUGGAACGUCUUUAUCAUCUGCUUCUAUCUGGAGGUGGGAGAUCUGUCCAAGGACAGCGACCUCUUGACCUUCAACAUCUCGGCGCACCACUCGUGGUGGCGUGAGCACGGGCCGGGGUGCCUGCGGCGGGAGAUCGCGCCGGACGCCAUGGACAGCCACUCCUACGUGUCGGUGGCCGGCUGUCUGCUGGAGUUCCAGUACAUCGAGGUGCUGCACAGCAGCGGCCAGAUCCUCGUCUCUCUCCUGGGGUUUGUGUACGCCUGCUACGUAGUGAGCGCCAUCACCGAGGAGGAGGACAGCUUUGAUUUUAUUGGUGGAUUUGACCCCUUCCCACUCUACCAUGUCAAUGAGAAACCAUCUCACCUUCUCUUAAAGCCCAUGUACUUGUCUCCGUAAGUGAGGGCCUGCUCUGCUGGGGGAGGGAAGCUGGGGAGAUCGACAGGAAGAGAUCGAGGCUCUGGAGUCCCCAAACUCUCUUUCCUGGGCCGCCAUUUUGUUUCAGCCCGACCCAGCCCACGCCAGGCCACAGUGUCCACCUUCUCCUCCCUUUCCUGGGCCGCCAUUUUGUUUCAGACCGACCCAGCCCACGCCAGGCCACAGUGUCCACCUUCUCCUCCCGUUCCUCCUCCAUCUGAUCUGACCUGAUCUCAUCUUCUCAGUGCUUCUUGUUCUCUAGCUGGCCCUCUACGGUGUUCUGUUCACUAAUGACCACGCUUCCGACGCUCUGCUACCGGGGGGAUCG